AACCGAGAGCAGCACCCGAGCCGAAGAAGCUCGCGCAGGACGGCCGGAGUGUUUCCUCUGCCCGGGUGUCCGAUAGCUGGCCCUGCAGGGAUCUCUGGUCUCCGUCCAGCUCCUCUGCUCCGCGGUGGAUGAAGAGAGGACGCGGUGCUGGUCGCUCUAAACAUGCCAAGGUCUUUCCUGGUGAAGAAGGUUAAGCUCGAUGAUUUCUCCUCCGCAGAUUUGGAGAGCGCGUACGGCAGGUCCAGGAGCGAUCUCAGCCUGCGGAUUCACGAGAAAGGAUACAUUAGCGACUACAUCACACCGACGGCCUACGAUGGCGACAGCGACGGCGCCGUCAAAGUGCCCUCUCCGGGGCCGCUCUACGACGGCCUGCGCAGCGACUACGGCGCGCCCGACUCGGACAGUCAGCCGGACAGCCCGCAGUCGGCGCUCACCGGCGGCUACAUCAACGGGGACGCAGCGGUGAGCGAGGGCUACGCGGCGGACGCCUUCUUCAUCACGGACGGCCGGUCUCGGCGGCGCGCGGCGGGCGGAGCGCGGGCCCCGCAGCGGCACGCGUGCGGCGAGUGCGGCAAGACGUACGCCACGUCGUCCAACCUGAGCCGCCACAAGCAGACGCACCGUAGCCUGGACAGCCAGCUGGCCAAGAAGUGCCCCACGUGCGGCAAGGCGUACGUGUCCAUGCCGGCCAUGGCCAUGCACCUGCUCACGCACGACCUCAAGCACAAGUGCGACGUGUGCGGCAAGGCGUUCAGCCGCCCGUGGCUGCUGCAGGGCCACAUGCGCUCGCACACGGGCGAGAAGCCGUUCGCGUGCGCGCACUGCGGCAAAGCCUUCGCCGACCGCUCCAACCUGCGCGCGCACAUGCAGACGCACUCCGCCUUCAAGCACUUCAGGUGCAAGAGGUGCAGCAAGACGUUCGCGCUCAAGUCCUACCUGAACAAGCACUACGAGUCCGCGUGCUUCAAGGGCGCCUUCUCGGCGCUCGAGGCCUGAGGAGACUGAGGAACGAGAGGAGACCUGUUUCGGGCUCCACGUGACAGUGUUAUUAUUAUUAUUUUUGUGGGAACUUCCAGCUCGAGCCGAACGGAGAGCAACAGUAGCACAAGGUUUUGUUUGCGUGCCUGAGGGGAUUAAUGACCCUCAGCAUCUCCUCACAGCAACGUGUCCCCAGAAAGACGUCCUGACAGUGCGCACCCCCC